CAGUGCCGAAGGUAACAGUCCUUUGGAAAGUGUGCAGCACCAACAAGAGGGCACUGGAAUCCCAGCUUGAUCGAGGAGAGGGAAACAAAACCAACAUAAGUGAAAUCCCGGUUUUCCCGAGCUAUUAAUUUGUUUUUAAGUACAGUCUGGAUUACUGUAAACCGGGACAUGUGUGUAGCUGAAAGUUAGAUAAAACGCGGGUGGAACAACUGCAGGAGAAGCAAAACUUUUCAGUUUUCCAGCUCGUCCAGGUCUGGGAUCUGGCAGAAUGGGUCAGAGGGCGAAACCUGUGUCCAGAUUGUGGUACUGUCUUGUGCUGUUCUUUCUCUUUCAAAGUGCUGUCUACUCCUCAAAAGUGCUAGAUGAGGUAUCGUCGCCAGGAGAUGAAGAACAUUUCGGUGCCAGCCGAUGGAGUCGCUAUACCCUUGAAUCAGAUGAUGAAGACCUGAUUGAUGUAUCUGGAGAUGGCAGCGGCGAAUUAGGUGAAGGCAGUGCAACCCCAACACCAGCUGUUGCCUCAACUGUGGUCAGCUAUACCGUAGUUUACUACAGGGCUUUAGUGAAUUUCACAGAUUCCAUCAUCUUCAGUGAACAGUUUGACGAUGUUAACUCUGAUGAAUUUCGGGAUCUUUCAGAUGCAGUUGUGGACACAUUUGAGUCUGAAUACCUGAAAAUUCCUGGAGAACAGAUGGUAAACGUAGUGCUGGUAAAGAAAAUAGGUGGUGAUGUCUUUGUUGAGUUGGAUGUGGGAUCUGAAGGCAAUUCAGAUGACGAACAGAUAAAGCAGGUUCUCUAUGCUGUUGUCAGAGCGGGUUCCAUAGGGUCGUACGUCACUUCUCUCCAAGGCUUAACAUUCCGACGACUUGGGGAAGUGCUAGCCACAUCCCCAGCAGUGACAGACCUUCCUGUCCCUCCCGUGAAGCAGGAGUGUGGUGCAGAAGACUUUGUUUGUCGAGAUGGCACAUGCAUUCCAUUGCAUUUUCGCUGUGACUAUAGACCAGAUUGCCGUGACAUGUCUGAUGAAGAGGAUUGUGAGGUAACUGAGACUACUCCACUUAUUACAACAAGAAGACCAGUUAUAACAACUUUGCGGCCUACAACAGCAGACAGGACAACCCCUCAGCGUUUCCCAACCAUAAUUCCUCCUCUGCGGCCUUGUUGGACAGAUGAAGCAGUGUGUCAGAAUGAGCAGUGCAUCCCCAGAGACUACCUGUGUGACGGAGAACGAGACUGCCUUGAUGGUAGUGAUGAGCUGAGCUGCGGCACAUCUUCGCCAUGUGAGCCCAAUGAGAUGAAGUGUCGGAACGGACGUUGUGCCCUUAAACUGUGGCGCUGUGAUGGAGAUGAUGAUUGUGGAGAUAACUCCGAUGAGGAAUAUUGCCCUACCAAGGGCCCAGGAGAUACAUGUGCUCCAGAGCAGUUCACCUGUAUGUCGACUCAGCAGUGCAUUCCAGCCAGUUAUCACUGCGAUGAUGAGCCUGAUUGUCUAGAUCGUUCUGAUGAAAUUGGCUGCACUCCACCACAGGUGGUCACUCCCCCAGAGGAAACAAUUAUGGCAUCUCGAGGUGAGACUGUGCAGUUCAACUGCGUGGCUAUUGGAGUUCCUGUACCACUUAUUACCUGGAGGCUGAAUUGGGGACACAUUCCUGUCAGUGGCAGGGUAUCUAUGACAAGUGAAGGUGGUCGUGGGACACUAAUUAUCCGAGAUGUAAAAGAAGCUGACCAAGGAGCAUACACAUGUGAAGCCAUGAAUGCCAAAGGCAUGGUGUUCGGCAUACCAGAUGGGGUCUUGGUGCUGAAACAGAAUACUGGACCUUGUCCUGAGGGGCAUUUCAGCAUUGAUGGUAGCACAGAUUGCCUUCCUUGCUUCUGCUUUGGUAUUACAAAGAUCUGCCGUUCAACAGGUCGUUACAGAAACCAAAUCAGACUCCGAUUUACAGAGGAAGACGACUUUAAAGGUGUUAAUGUAAGCAUUCCUGAUCAUCAUGAAGCCCCACCCCUCACAUCUAGUCAAAUGGCAAUCGUUCCGGAUGUGGAGGAGUUCCAGCUGGUUGACCUUUCAAGGCGAUUCCUGAACUAUGAGUCUUUCUGGUUGUUACCCAGUCAGUUUCUGGGAAAUAAGAUUGAUUCCUAUGGUGGAAUGCUGCGAUUCAAAGUGCGUUACAAUGUUGGUCGAGAGCAGUCAGACCCAUUGCUGAAACCUGAUGUAAUUAUUGUAGGAAAUGGGAGGAAACUUAUUUAUCGGGUGCAGAGUCCCACUCGUCCUGGUGUCAUCAACCAGCGGGAAGUCCUUUUCAGAGAGGGUAAUUGGCAGUAUGAAUCAGGAGCCCCUGUGAACCGGGACGACCUUAUGAUGACCCUUGCGAAUGUGGAGAGUAUAAUGAUUCGCACGGCUUAUGACAACAAGAUGGUCAGCAUUGGCCUUAGUGACAUCAGCAUGGAUCACACCACUGUGGAGAGCACCAGUCAAGGACCAGCUCGCUCUGUGGAAGAGUGCAGAUGUCCUAAUGGGUACCGAGGACUGUCUUGUGAAAGAUGUGCACCUGGAUUUGAACGUGUCGCAAAUGGAGUUUUACUUGGAAUAUGUGCAGGAUGCAACUGUAAUGGACAUGCUAGUAGCUGUGACCCUGUGACUGGAUAUUGCCUGAACUGUCAACAUAACACAGAGGGCUCACAGUGUGAACGAUGCAAACCAGGCUUUUUUGGAGAUCCCCGUAGUGGCAGAACAGAUGCAUGCAAGCCUUGUCCUUGCCCGUACACUGCUCCAGAUCGGAGGUUUUCUGAGACAUGCUUUUUGGGUACAGAUGGUCAGGCUACUUGUGAUGCCUGUGCAGUAGGGCACACUGGUCGCAGAUGUGAAAGAUGUCUUACAGGAUAUGUUGGAAAUCCAUUGCAGCCUGGUGGGAAGUGUGAAAGCGGUGGUCAAAUAGUAAAUUGUGAUGAAAGGGGAAUUGCUGCAGCUUCAUCUUCUGAUGAAAUCUGCAAAUGUAAGCCUAAUGUGGUGGGAGCAAGUUGUAACCAGUGUGUACAAGGGACAUUCCACCUCAGCAAGGACAAUCCUUUGGGUUGUAUGAAGUGCUUCUGCAUGGGAGUUACCAGGGAGUGUGCAAGUUCCUCGUGGAGAAGAGAGCAGGUUCACCUUACUUAUGAUGAACAUGAAAGAGAGAGGUAUUUUCUCACCAACGUAGGACACACUCACACUAUAAGUCAUGGAAUUACCAUGAGCCAAACAUCAGAGCUUACAUUCCGAGACUUCCAUUCUGUCCAGGAUGAUGUAUAUUACUGGGUCCUUCCAGACAGCUUCAAAGGAGAUAAGGUUACAUCUUAUGGUGGUGAACUUCAGUUCACUGUGACUUACAGAAGCUAUCCUGGUUCUCUGCCUCUGUAUGCUCACCCUGUUGUGGUUCUUCAGGGCAAUGGUAUCUCUCUGGAACACUUUUCUGAAAUCAAACCUGCUAUUGAUAUACCUACAACUUUUGUUGUGCCAUUCAGAGAGUCUGCCUGGCGACGUGCUGAUGGACAACCCAGUACAAGAGAGCAUCUCCUUAUGGCAUUGGCAGAUAUUAGUACCUUGUUGAUCAGGGCAUCCUACUCUGAAGCCAUGACUGAGACCAGGCUCUCUAACCUCCACAUGGAUGUUGCCACUCCUUAUUCCACAGGUGAAGAUCAGGCUGGGGAGGUGGAGCAUUGUGAAUGUCCACUAGGUUAUCGUGGGCCAUCUUGUCAGGACUGUGAUAUUGGUUAUACUCGGGUCACUAGUGGCUUGUACUUGGGCACGUGUGUACGCUGUGAAUGUAAUGGACAUGCAUCCGAUUGUGAUGAAGAGACUGGUGAAUGUCAGAGAUGUCAGCACAAUACUGAGGGAUCUCGCUGUGAACGUUGUGCAGCUGGUUACUAUGGCGAUGCUACAAGUGGCACCCCACAUGAUUGUAGACCCUGUCCUUGCCCUGGUACCUCUCCUACUACACGAUUCUCCAGCACUUGUUUCCUGGAUACAGAUAGUCAACCUACAUGUGACUCGUGUCCCACUGGAUUUACAGGACGCCGAUGUGAAAGCUGUUUACAAGGCUACGUUGGGAACCCAAUACAAGGACAGCCCUGCAGUGGUGGCUGCGUUUGUGAUCCCAGAGGAAGUGUGGACAGCUUAUGUGACAGUGCUGGGCACUGCAUCUGUAAGCCUAAUGUGGAAGGUCAAAACUGUGACAGAUGUAAACGUGGACAUUUCUUCUUGAGCCCAGACAACACAGCUGGCUGUCUUCCCUGCUUCUGCAUGGGUGUUACCCAGGAAUGUACCAGUUCUAAUUACUACAGAGACAAGAUUGUCAGUCAGUUCUCACCUGGAAACUUCCAGAACUUUGCACUUGUGAACCGCCAGAGGAGCAGUCAGAUCACCACUGGAUUUAAUGUGGAAAUGACAUAUGAAGGGCCCGAGCUGUCAUAUAACCAGUUUGGACGUUUGGGUCAGGAACCAUAUUACUGGCGCCUUCCAGAAGAUUAUCAAGGAGAUAAGGUUGGUGCCUAUGGUGGCCAUCUGCGGUACACUCUCUCCUACACUGCUGGGCAGCGGGGUUCUCACAUUGCUGAUGCUGAUGUACAGAUCACGGGAAAUGACAUCACCUUGGUGGCCAAUCAUCGUGAGCUACGCCCAAGAGAAAGAAGAACUUUUGAGAUCUUAUUUAAGGAGCAAUACUGGAAGCGACCAGAUGGCCAUCCUGCAACACGUGAGCACCUGAUGAUGGCAUUGGCUGACCUAGAGGAGAUUUUGAUUCGAGCCUCCUACUCCACGGACAUGACUUCUUCUUCCAUAUCAGAUGUCAGCAUGGAAACCGCUAUACCCAACUUCACAAAUUUUCCUCUGGCUUUGGCCGUUGAGCAGUGUCGCUGCCCUCCUGGCUACCGUGGGCUGUCAUGUCAGGAUUGUGCCCCAGGCUAUACUCGAACUGGUGGUGGUCUCUACCUUGGAAACUGUGAACUCUGUGAAUGUAAUGGUCACUCAGAAUCUUGCCACCCUGAGUCUGGAAUUUGUCUGAAUUGUUUGUACCACACAGUAGGGGAUUUCUGCGACCGGUGUGCUCCGGGCUACUUUGGAGAUGCCACUGCUGGUACCCCAGAGGACUGUCAGCCUUGUGGCUGCCCACUGACUAAUCCAGAAAAUAUGUUUUCCCCCACUUGUGAGAGUCUGGGUGCAGAGGGAUACAGGUGCACUGCCUGCCAGCCAGGAUACACUGGCCAGCACUGCGAAAGAUGUGCUCCUGGCUAUACUGGUGAUCCUACCAUUAAAGGACAGAAGUGCACUCCAGUUCAUCCAGAGCGUCCUGUCCUUUCAGUCAAGGUUUAUCCUGAGAAAACAACUAUAACUCAAGGCAGCGAGUUGGUGCUGCGAUGUCAGGCCACUGGUAUUCCACCUUACCACUUCUUUUGGUCAAGAGAGCAUGGCGUUCCAAUGCCAGUUCAUGCAUUUCAACGAGGUGAAGAGUUACAUUUGUCAUCAGUGCAGCCAUCAGAUUCUGGCGUUUACAUCUGUACCUGUCGGAACCUACAGAUAGCUAACGUCAGUCGUGCUGAAAUAAAUGUUAUCAGCCAAGAUAAAGCUAUCACUGUGACUGUAGAAGAACCAAGGAAACAGAAAGUGCAGCCUGGAAAAACAGUCAACUUCAUAUGUACAGCAAAGAGUAAGUCACCAGCCUAUACUCUUGUCUGGACUCGAGAAAAUAACAGGAAACUGUCUAACCGUGCCAUGGAUUUCAAUGGAAUUUUGACAAUACGAAAUGUGCAGCCGGAGGAUGCUGGCAUUUAUGUCUGCACAGGAUCUAACAUGUAUGCAAUGGACGAGGGCACUGCUGAGUUAACUGUAACAGCACCUUCUAAGGCACAGAUGUUUUAUCAAGCGUAUGAAACAUUAGAAGGACAUAGACUCCCUGGUCCUGGAGUCCCACCAACAGUUAACAUCAAUCCUCCAGUCCUGAGAGUACAGCAAGGCUAUCCAGCUGAAUUCCAUUGCUCCGUCAGUGGAACACCACAGCCAACACUGGAAUGGAAACGAACCUACGGCGCCAUUUCUCCAAGUGCAGUAAUUCAAAGAGGAGUACUGCGGAUACCUGUGGUGGAUCACUCAGAUGAAGCGGAGUAUAUCUGUGAAGCUCAGAACUCUGCAGGACAUGCCCAAGCCAGCUCUACUCUUUACAUCAGUGCUGGCGCUGGAGUCCCACCAACAGUUAACAUCAGUCCUCCAGUCGUGAGAGUACAGCAAGGACAAUCUGCUGAAUUCCAUUGUACCGUCAGUGGAACACCACAGCCAACACUGGAGUGGAAACGAACCUACGGCGCCAUUUCCCCAAGUGCAGUAAUUCAAGGAAGAGUACUGCGAAUACCUGUGGUAGCUCGCUCAGAUGAAGCGGAGUAUGUCUGUGAAGCUCAGAACUCUGCAGGAUAUGCCCAAGCCAGAUCUACCCUUUACGUUAGUGCUGGCGCUGGAGUCCCACCAACAGUUAACAUCAGUCCUCCAGUCGUGAGAGUACAGCAAGGCUAUCCAGCUGAAUUCCAUUGUACCGUCAGUGGAACACCACAGCCAACACUGGAAUGGAAACGAACCUAUGGCGCCAUUUCCCCAAGUGCAGUAAUUCAAGGAGGAGUACUGCGGAUACCUGUGGUGGAUCGUUCAGAUGAAGCGGAGUAUGUCUGUGAAGCUCAGAACUCUGCAGGACAUGCCCAAGCCAGAUCUACUCUUUACAUUAGUGCUGGUGCUGGAGUCCCACCAACAGUUAACAUCAGUCCUCCAGUCGUGAGAGUACAGCAAGGACAAUCUGCUGAAUUCCAUUGUACCGUCAGUGGAACACCACAGCCAACACUGGAGUGGAAACGGACCUAUGGCACCAUUUCCCCAAGUGCAGUAAUUCAAGGAGGAGUACUACGGAUACCUGUGGUGGAUCGUUCAGAUGAAGCGGAGUAUAUCUGUGAAGCUCAGAACUCUGCAGGACAUGCCCAAGCCAGAUCUGCCCUUUACAUAAAUGGUGCUAACCUGCCGCAGGUCCAAGUCAGCCCUCAGAAAGUUGAAGUGCAAGAAGGGGAAAUCGUGAAGCUGUAUUGCCGAGCUGUAGGAAGCCCUUCGCCAGUCCUUAGCUGGAAGAAACAAGAUGGAGUGAUUCCUUCACAGGCUCUUUCAUACCCUGGUUUCCUUCACUUCAAAAGUGGCAGUGUGGAUGCCAUACAGAGACGUAUCCAGGAGCUACAGGCCCGAAUAGAACGCACAGAUAUUGGUACCUUAGUAAUACCAUCAAUUUCGGCUGCCGACGGAGGAAUCUAUCUUUGUGUUGGAACGAAUGCUGCUGGUUCAUCUGAAGCAAGGAUUGAAGUAAUUGUUAUAAGAGCUACAGGAACUAUUUCUUCAGUAACAAUCAGACCGUCUCCUGCCAAUGUGAGAGAAGGAGAGACAAUACUUCUUGAAUGUUUGGUCACCGGCAGUCCUCAGCCUAUGGUUAUAUGGUACAGGGAAAGAGGAACUCUCUCUUCUAAUCACCAGGCUGCGGGGUCUUAUUUGCGGAUUCACCAAGCAAGUGCUGCUGACACUGGCGAGUACAUCUGCUGGGCUAACAACACUGGGGGAGUUCAGCAGGCUUCUGUUCAAGUCUCUGUUAUCGCUGAUGUUGCCCGUCCUGCAAGUCCUGUAAUAUCAAUCGAGCCUCAUAGUGUUAAAGUUCGACUAGGAGAAAAUACAAGUUUCAAGUGCCUUGUUCGUGAUGGAGCUCAGCCUGUAAAAAUUGAAUGGAAAAUGACUCAGAACAAGAUAAUGCAAGACAAUGUGGAGAUAAGUGACAAUGGAUCUGUCAUUUCUAUCACUGGUGCUCGAAACACAAAUCAGGGAGGAUAUCGUUGUUCGGCAAGUAACCCAUAUGGAGUGACCCAGGCUGUUGUCAACUUAAUGGUACAAGGUCUUCCCACUGUGUCCGUGCUUCCUAAGGGCCCUGUCAAGGUGAAGGUUGGUGAUUCCAUUAGCCUUGAGUGUAUGGGUUCAGGAGAGCCACGCCCAGCGGUCACAUGGCGCAGAAAGGAUGCCGCCCAUAAAGUCAUCUCACAAAGUCCUUUACCAGUGGAUAACAAUGCAGUUUUACGGAUUAUUUCUGCUCAUCUAGAGGAUUCAGGCACUUACAUUUGUGUGGCACAGAAUUCAAUUGGUUCUUCUCAGUUCCCAGUAGACAUUACUGUAGAAUACCCCAUUUCUGCACCGGGAAUACCACAAAUCACAAUAGAAGAACCAGAACUAAUUCUGGAGGAAGGAAGUACUGCAGUCCUACGCUGCUUUGCUAUAGGUACCCCUACUCCCACCAUAACAUGGUCAAAACUCCGAUCCCCACUACCCUGGCAACAUAAGGUGGUUAAUGAAACUCUGAUAAUUCCAAAGGUGGGCCGUCAGGAUUCAGGACAGUACAUCUGCAAGGCCUCCAACACUGUUGGGUUUACAGAGAACUAUAUCAGUCUGGAUGUUGAGAGUCCACCUUAUGCCACCGUACUGCCUGAUGACAUUUCAGUUCGCGUGGGAGAUGCAAUCAGUUUGCAGUGCCUUGCCCACGGGACCCCACCCAUCACAUAUGAGUGGACGAAGGAAGACGGCAGCUUGCCAUCCAGGAGCACAGUUCGUAAUGGCAUCUUGCAAAUUAAUGGAGCCACUGCAGAAGAUGCUGGGAAUUACAAAUGUGUAGUAAAGAAUAAAGUUGGCAGGGCUCACACCACUGCUGUUGUCAAAGUUAAGUCAGCACCCUUGGCUGUGAAAGUCUCCCCACGAGUAGAGGUGAAGGGUGUUGGAGGAACAGUGCAGUUCACAUGUUCUGCCACUGGAGAACCUAAACCUAAAAUUGAAUGGCUGAAGGAAGGAGGAGAUUUACCACCAAAUCAUAGCAUCCGUGGCAACAUUUUGCGAAUUGAAAAUUUGCAGUUCAAGAAUCAGGGUGUUUAUAUCUGCCGUGCAACCAACAAACAUGGACAAGUCCAGGACCGUGCCACCCUCACCAUUCAAGCUCUGCCCAAGGUGGUGAUAAACGUAAGAACUUACAUUCAGAAUGUCAUGGUGGGUAGUUCUGUUGAGUUUGAGUGCUUGGGAAUUGGAGAUCCAAAGCCAACGGUCAGUUGGAGCAAGGCAGAUGGCCAGAUGUCUCCUGAUGUUGUUAUUCAGAAUGGAGUGCUGAAGAUCGACCAGGUCAAGAAGUCUGAUGCAGGGUACUAUCGCUGUACUGCCAUUAAUGACGUUGGUACCGUCAAGUCUCAGGUUAUCCUCAAUGUGUUAACUGCUCCAGAGAUUGCAUCUCAGCCAGAAACAAAGGAAGUCUUAGUAGGAUCAACUGCUGUGUUUACAUGCCUUGCAAAAGGGUAUCCUGUGCCCCAAGUCAGCUGGACCAAGCUUGAUGGAGAGCUUCCUGCAGAGGUCGUUAUUGAGGACUUUAUGUUGACGAUCCCAUCAGCUCGCCCUGAACAUGCUGGAACAUACAUCUGCACUGCGACUAACAGGCAGGGCAAAGAAACCGUUAUCUCCAUGCUAAAAGUCAAAGAGAGAGUGGUGCCUUACUUUACCCAGAAUCCUCAGUCAUACCUCACCUUGCCUACUAUUAAAGAUGCCUACAAGACAUUUGAAGUCAAAAUUACAUUCCGACCUGAUACCCCUGAUGGAAUGCUGAUGUACAACGGACAGAAGAAGAGCACUGGAGCAGAUUUUAUUUCAUUUGGACUAAUUGGUGGUCGUCCUGAAUUCAGGUUUGAUGCUGGAUCUGGCAUGGCAACAAUUCGUUUCGCAACACCCAUCAAGCUUGGGGAGUUCCACACAGCAGUGCUUAAUCGUAACCAGACCAAGGGAUACAUUAUUAUAGAUGACCAUCCCCCAGUUUAUGGUUCUUCUCAGGGACGAUUCCAAGGUCUUGAUCUGAAUGAAGAGCUCUAUCUUGGUGGCUAUCCAGACUACAGUGCCAUUUAUAAAACCUCUGGCCUGCGCAGUGGAUUUGUAGGUUGUAUCCGUGAGUUGGUGAUCCAGGGACGGGAAAUUAUCUUUAAUGACAUGGAUUUGAGAUCUCAUAGAGUUUCCAACUGUCCAACCUGUAGAGAUAAGCCAUGCAAGAAUAAUGGGGUUUGCCUAGACUCUGUGGCCAGCAGCUACACGUGCAAAUGUGCUCAGGGAUUCGCAGGAACUAAUUGUGAGCAUUCCGAAGCUCAGCAUUGCCACCCAGAGGCUUGUGGGCCUGAUGCCACUUGUGUUACUAAACGAGAUGGAAAAGGAUACAGCUGCAAAUGUCUUCUGGGCAAGCAUGGAGAGAAGUGUAUGGAUGGUGUCUUAAUAACAUCUCCUUCCUUCAAUGGAGCCGAGUCCUUUAUUUCUUAUCCUCCACUUACCAACAUCCAUGAUGAGUUGCGGAUUGAUAUGAAGUUCAAACCACUUUCACAAACUGGCCUUAUCUUCUACAGCGGUGGCAAAAAGGUCAUGGCUGAUGACUUUGUGUCUGUUGGCAUGAUAGAUGGACAUUUGGAAUUUCGGUACAAUUUGGGAUCAGGACUGGCUGUGCUGCGCAGCAUUCGACCUGUAUCACUGGGUGAAUGGCACAGGGUAUCAGCUGAGCGGAUCCAGAAAAAUGGCACACUUCAGGUCGACGGUGGUGUUGAGGUCAGAAAGUCUUCACCAGGAAAGAGUCUGGGCCUUAACCUUCGAACCCCAAUGUACCUUGGAGGAGUUCCAGAUGUCAAGCUUCUCCCUCCAGCUACUAAUGUUAACAUUGGGUUCCAUGGAUGCAUAGAAGAGAUUGCCAUCAACGGAAAGAAGACAGAUAUCUCGUAUAGCUUCAGUGACAGCCGAAGAGUCAUGCAAUGUUAUGAGAGCACACUCUGUGAUAACGCACCUUGCCAAAAUGGAGGUCGUUGCCUUCUUACAGGAGAAUAUGAAUUUCAGUGUUUGUGCCCAGAUGGUUUUAAAGGCGAACGCUGUGAAAUCACUGAAGACCUUUGUGCCUCAGGAAAGAUCUGUGCCAAUGGUGGCACUUGCAGGAACAACAAGUGUAUAUGUCCAGUUGGAUUUUCUGGACAACACUGUGAAACUGGAUCGUCCAAGAAGAAGCAGCUGGCCGAUUUGCAGUUGAAGGGUAGUGGGGGGAAUGACUCCCCUGUCCUUUAUGGGGCUUACCUUUAUGAUGAUGGCUACAUAGCUUUGCCAGGAAAAUUGUUUCCCAGAAGUAAACGAGGACUCCCUGAAAUAAUUGAGUUGGAGGUCCGCACUACAUCUCCAAGUGGUGUUAUUUUCUGGCAGGGUGUGGAAACCAGUGAAGCAGCCCUUCAUCUGCAUGAUACUAAUGAGCCUGAAGGAGAAAGCGGCAAAGGCAAGGACUUCAUUAACCUUGGAUUGCAAGAUGGGCACCUUGUAUUCAGUUAUCAGCUUGGCAGCGGUGAAGCUAACAUCGUGUCUGAGAGCCCUGUGAAUGAUGGUGUCUGGCACAAAGUUAUUGCAGUUAGGGAAUACAAGCAAGGUUCUCUUCAAGUAGAUGCACAAGAAGCAGUAAGAGGAGAGUCUAAAGGAUCCAAUGUCAUGGUGGAUACCAAGGGCAGCAUAUAUCUAGGAAGCCCUCCGAACAUGACUGCUCUCACAGGAGGAAAAUAUAUCUCAGGAUUUACUGGCUGCAUCAGAAAUCUAAUAUUGCUGAAUGCAAAACUGGACCACCGGCCCGAGCAGCCAAUCGACUUAAGUGUACAUGCAGAGGCAGGUCGUAACGCCAGGGAAUGCACAUCGUAGUAAGGAAGGCCACAAUGCAGCCAAACUAAGACUUUUUUUUUCAAAAAUUAAAAGUGAAACACGAAAGGUGCUUUUGCUGCUGCCAACAUAACGGGAGUGGUCUGUGUUUCUGUAAUAUAAUUUUUACAUUUAAAAGAACAAACAUGCAAAACAGAAUCAAAUGGGGAGAACAUCUUACUUGGAUCUAGCCCUUUCAUUCACAGUGUUUUUUUGUAAUGAAGGACAUGUCACUUUGAAACACAGCUUCAUCUGGUGACUGUGUACAUGUUUUUGUUUUUUUAGCGAGAGAGAGAGAGGAAGAAAGAAAGAUCUGGUAGGAUAUUUUGUUUAUGAUGUAAAUUUCCAUUGUUCCCAAGCACUGAACAUGUUCAGUUACAAAGAACUCAUGUGACCUCAACUCUGGGUUCUAAAACUGUGUUGUAAAAUGUUUUUUUAAGCAACCAGACUUACAGUUAUACUUGAAAGAAAAGUUUUAUAAUGUCAGAUAAUCAAGCUGAAUACAUAUCGUGCAGAAGCAGCAUGCUACUUGUUAUACAGAAAGUACCCUUUUGUUUUGCAGUUAAUAUGUACCAUACAUUUUACGUCAGCCAUAGAACAAGGCACUAUAGAAAGGCAGACUGGCAUUAUGGCUUCUGCUUUUCUUGUUCUCAGUGCUGUCUUCAGAAGUACAGUAUUACCCAUUGCAUUACAUUUUGGCCAAAAAUGACAGCAGUCAGGCAACAGUUGAGUUCAAGUAUUUUCUUCCUUUUCUUUUGUGCAGUUUUGUUGAUAUUCGUUCAUUGGGUCUGUAUUACUUAAUCAAUAAUCAAUAUUUCAUACUUUCACAUACAGUGCCUUCAUAUGUACUAAGCAUUUCUUUUAACGGCACAAAAUUCUUAAUUUCAAAAUUCACAUUAUUUCAGAAACCAAAUUAUACUGCUAAUGAUUAAUAAUAAUAUUUUUUUCAGUUUCUCUACUUUUUUCCGGCUAAAUCUGUGAACAUGCUCACUGUCAGUAUAUCAGGUGUCAGAUGGCUUUGUGUUCACCCCUUAAACAAUGUUGAAUCUACGCAGGUUCAUAGGUUGAUACUAGGCUAUCAGCCCUAGGGCCUAUACAAGCCUAGCCAUAACAAUUCCCUGGCUAUUUCUUCCCACAAUAUUUACUUCCCAGACAGCAUAAAACACUAUUAUUGCUAGCCACUGACAUUUUGACUGAUUUCUGUUUUACCAUAAUGUGCUAUUUAAUAUUUAAGAUGCAUGCCCAUUUUAAUUUUAUUUUUUACUUUACCAUAUUGUAAACUCACUUUGUCAGCAGCUGUCAGAUUUACAACUUGUCUUAGAAUGCAAAACAUAACCUAGCGGCAUUGAGGUGAUGAACUGCUGCCCUAUUAGAUGCCUUCAUUCCAGUUUUUGAUAUUUUUAGCAUCCCAGUUUUAAUAAUACGGUUCUGUUAUAGCAAAAGUGUUUCAGAACAAAGAAAUACGUUUGUAAAGCAUUUAUGAAUGUCAGGAUGCAGUUUCAGUGCCAGAGUCUAAUACUUAGGUUUACCGAGCUGUUCUUAUUUAAAGACAACCGAAAUAUGCAAUUUGUUAAUGUUUUAAAACUGAAAAAAAAAAAAAAAAAAACGUUUUUGUGCUAUGUUUAUUUAAUGAAUUUAAUGACUGGUAUUAAGGAAGUAUUUCUGUGUGUGUGUUCUACUAAGAAUUAGUUCUGUGACUGCCCUGCUAGUCUGGUAUGAAUGUUUUUAUUGCUUCCUUGUAACAGGAAGUAGAAUGAAAGGAUAAUUGGGCGUUUAGCUGAAUGCCAAAGCCUUAUACCACUUAAUAACCCAUAGAGACUGUUAAUUUUUACUUUGUAUGGUUGAUUUACAGGUUUUAUACCUGUUUUAUUUUUAUCACACACAUAAGUCCUUAUAACAGAUUUAUGGUUUUGCAGUAGAUAGACAAAAUUACCCCCACCACACACACACACAUUUUUUCCCUUUUCAUUUUAAUUUUACACUCUUUAGAUUUUUAAAGGGCUGGUCCCCAAACUCUUCAGUACCUUUGUUGCCGUGAGAUGUUUAGAUACCUCCUGGUAUAUACCAUACAUUUGGCUGUUACCUCAGAAACAUAUCUUAAUGUGUCUCAAAAGGUGUCAAGGUAGGGUCUGACACAUCUGUAUAUCUAAUAUUUUUUAAGGUAAGUUUACAUUCUAAGUAUCUUCCCUAAAUAAAAAUUAAAGAUUAAAGAUGACGUUUGGAACUAGGUGGUCGUUGGAAAUAACACGGAUAUAAAACAAAGAUAGCUGAGCGUUUUUAUUAACUUCAUACUAUAAGAAGAUCCCCAUGUCAGAUAUGGAUUUUAUCUUUUCUAUUCACAUUUUUGACUUGUUUGUAGCCUUGAAUUGUGUUGUAACUGUAUUUAUGAGUAAGAAACAAAAGGUGAUUUUUGGCUGUCUACAGAAAGUGUUUUUCAGCCCUGCCCUCUUUAUAUAAUAUCUGAAAGACAUCAAGUGACUAGGCAUUAUCUCUAUAUUUCUUCUACAGUUACCUUUCCAGUCUCACAUUUCAAUUUCACUGGAAUUUUUUGCAGUUUUGUGAGUGUAGUCCAGGUUUUGCAUUAAGUAAUUUUAGAGCCCAUCUCAGAAGUGUAAGGAUUACUGCAUGGUUCAGUUUUUUCGGGCUUUUUUGUGUUGAGUAUCUGUUUAAAAUAACAUCAUAAUUUUGAGGAGUUUUAAAAGAGGAAAAAAAAACAAGAAAAGUUUAAAUGACCUAGUAUGUCUAAUGAACAGAACUUUGUAUGUAUUCAGUUUUGUACUGUGGGUUAAAAAAGGUGGCCUCUCUUUUGAAGAACUUUUGCUUAACAUCACACAGUAGGUCCUGAAAAAGUUAUAAGUGGUUAACUGACACAGCAGUAUUGAAAAUAAAUUUCAACUUAGAAAACACAAGCAAAACAUGAUACUAUAACACAUAGUACAUUAGAAGUGAAUACCAAAGUAGUAUUAAUGACCAGUUACAAGUCCAGUUUGUGUUGCAUUGUAAUGAUAAAUAUGGUUAUGUAGUACUUUUAAUAAUUUAGUAUGUGUAUUUGUAGGCACUAGAGAAAUUUACAAAAACUGGAACAUUCCAGGUUUCCUGAGACAUAUAGGUAACUAAGGAUAGUUGGUAGCACAAAAAAGCAUAUCCUUCCAGAACACGUUUUCCUAUUAUUUAAAAUGAGUGGUUUGCAUUUGUAAAUAAGAAAAAUGCAGCACAGUCUUUGAAUUUAUUGGACUUCUUGGAUUUAACUGUUGUCUGUUGUUAUUGGAAGUAACUGUUGCCUGCUGUUACUGCUUUGCUUUGCACAUGCUCUCAGAUAAAUUUUUAGUAUAUAUGCAAAGUGAAAUCUGUGUCAGAUUUUACAGAUACAAAUAAACCAAAGCCACUCUUAAGUGUAAUUAAAUUUGCAAACACAGGAAUUUAGCCAGUGGGUUUCCAGUGGAUUUCCAUUGAAACAGUACUGUUGCUGGUUAGCAGUAUGUACAAAGCAAUCCAAAUACAAUCGUUUGCAGCUGGAAACUCAACACUCAUACACACUCAGGGCUCAGUAAUCCAGGUCUUAUAAAGCAAAGCAGCUAGCAUCAUGAAGACAGGAGCAUGUGGACAAUGCUGACAGUGUGACAGAAGAAAAUUAGGGUCUCUCUGACCGAUUUGAACAUGUAUUUAGUUGCCAUACAUUGUCUGUUGAACAGAAGGACAGAUUCAAUUCUGACUUGUUUUUCUUGAAUUUUACAUUGUACCAUAAGGGAUGUUUUGAUAAAAUUUAAUGAAAUACCUAAUAUAUUUUCUCAGCUAUAAAUUAGAUUACGAUGUUUUACCAAUUCUUACAUCUCAAGAUCGUAAUGAACUGUUGUUCCAUUAGACUUCUAUCAGUGUUUUAAUAACUGAUUCUGUCUGAGCACAUAAUCAGCUUGUACACCUAUCCUAAAAUGGAUUGAGAAAAGUGACUAUGUUGUUUUGAAGAGUUUUGCAUUAGAUGUUUUAAAACUACUGACUGUGUAUCACAGAACAGCUCCAUAUUUCUGGCCUUUAUAUUAGCUUAUAUAUUUAUAACAAGGUGCAGCUGCUUUUUCACUGUAUUAAAAGUACUUAUUUUUAAAGAUACUUUUAAAUAAGGUUCUCAGUCACACAAUUUACAGUAUUAACCAAAGGCAAAGCCUUGUUUAAAGAAUGGGUCAUAUGCCCCCUUUCUUUGGUAUUAAACUUUCCCACUCGGGUCGGUUUGUUUAUAUUGCUAAACACAGUAUUGAAAUUCUUUACAUUUGUGGUUUAUUGUAUGUUCACAAGAUACCAUGUUACAGUCUUCAAACCUUUAAAACCUCUUUGUAUAAAAGCCAUGAAGAAAUGUUGUAUAUAUUAUCUGUUUGGAAAGGAAUAAGUUAUACCUCCUGUGACCUUUCCAGAAAUGAUCCUUUGUUAUUCGUAAUAAAAUGGUUCUUGACCAAU